AUGGAACCCCAAGCACCGUGUGGUGUGUCCAAGAUGGCCGCCGCGCCAGACAUACUGUCCUCUUGCAAGAAAGUCGUCAAACCACACCUGACCCACCAGGUGCUCAGAUGGACCUUAAAGCAGAGUUACCUACCUGCCCUUCAUCGGAGCCGGAAGUCUGCACUGCACCUUACUCACACCGAUGUCCAAAUUCUCAAGGGCACUUUGGGAACCUGCAGACUCAUGACCUUGCUUCUGAGACCUGGAGGUCUUGUGGACUCAAGGCAUCAGCUCCUUUUAGAGCUUGGAGCCAAGGAGGCCAAGAUCGGAGGCAGUGCAGCUCACUGUACAUCGGAUGGCAGGAAGCACAGCAUGACCUAUCCAGAGAUGCAGAGGAGCCUGGAAUCACAGAGGUGCUGGACACUAUAUUGUGGCCCACGAGAGGCGUCGGAUGAACAAGCCUGGUCACUUAAUUGCUCCAGCUGA